AAAUAUUAUUAAAUUCAGCAGUGACGCUACAAAUGUACUUUAUUUAUAAUAGUAUAAUGUUGAAACUAUAAGGGCCCUUUCACAUGGAUGCGUACCUAUCAUACGCGACGUAUGAUACGCGUCCAUGUGAAACGGGCCUAAGUGUUUGCUUGCUUUUACACAGACAUAUAAAAUACAACUUUACAUGGUCAAAAUUAUAUCUGUAGAGAAAAAUAUUAUUGAAAACCUAAGACCGAUGCUCACAUUCAACAUUUUCAAAUAAAAAUUGUGUGCGACUAGUGACUGCACCGCACAUUUUCGGUUCUUUUGUUCCCGGUCGACAAUUGACGAGUCUCGCCGACGCUAUUGACAGACGGCCGGCGGCCCACUACUGGCAACUGCAAACCGCUAAAAUCGGGAUUUCCAUCUUUUUAUUUGCUAAGUGCGAGUACUCAGUACUGAGUUGUAACUUUUGUCUUUUCACAGUUGGCGGUUGUUCUGUUUUAGCCGUGGUUACUGUUUUGAGGUACCUACUCGAUAGUCGAUACCUACUUGACAGUCUGUUGAUUAGACGAUUUUUUUUGUCGGUUAAUUAUAAAUCGGUCUGUUUUAAAAUUGUUGUGCUAUUCAGUCUGUAUUCAGCUAUUCAUCGUCUUUGCAGAUCAUGGAUUUUUAUAAUAAACACUUCCAUCGGCUGAUCCGUGGUGUGGAUCCCAACGGUAUGUUGAAUGUGCCACUUAACGUGUUUACUGAUGGAAAAUGUCUCGAGAAAUAUUUUAAGACGAAUAGUGAUUUUCGGAAAUUAGAUGUCCCCUGGAUGUGUGAUCAAUUAAUCAUACUUUUGCUUAACUAUGAUGAUAUAGUUGCUAUUUCGUCAACCUUAAAGUUUUUGCAAAAUGAUUUUCAACGCAUUAAAUAUCCAUUUGUUUUGAUAAGUCAAGCAUUUAUUGGCUUAAUUUUAAUACAUACAAAUGCUACAAAAGCGUACUACAGUUAUUGUACCAAUUCAACAAAAGCUUUAUACAAGAACAAAAGAGCUGUAGACAAAAUGCCUAAAAAGAAACAAAAAAUGGAAUCUGAUGCUACUAAUGAAUCAUAUAACAAAGAACAUACUCAAAGCCAGAAAGUUCAAUCAUUAAAUCAACAUCAAGUAUCUAGCCUAGAAACAAACCUCAAUGAGAUAGGUAUUUUUUUAAAUAAUCCAAGACACACUUCAAAUGCUACAGAAAUGAAAUUACUUCAGACAAAUGUUCUAAACCAAACAGUUUUUAAUAAUCCAAUACUACAUAGUCAAAAAAUAUUAAGUUUGAACACUGAAGAAAAUAUUGGUGAUGUUAAUAAAAUAUCGGUGUUAGACCAACUACAAGUUUCAUUUAUUCAACCAGUUGAAGAGUUUCCAGUUAUCAAUCAAGAUGUUCUCGUGGAGAGACCUCUUUUGCCUAAAAAUGAUUUCGAACAACAAUUAAUGGAUUUUGAUAUACAGCCUAAAAAUCUAGAACCACAACAAAUAUUAGAACAACCACAAUGUACACUAAAUUUACAAGUUGAACAAAUUAGAGUUGAAUCAUUAAUGGAGCUACCUCAGCAUUCAACGAAUCUACAAGAAUUACAAAAUCAAUUUAAGGAGCCUACUGAACAUUGUUCCCCCGAAAGGUUAACAAAUCAAUCACUAAAAAGAAAAAUACCUGGUGUAAUCCCCAAAAAAAAAUUUAAGAAAAGACUCAUUGAACAAAACAGUAAAGUACUUAGAAACCGGUUGAAGAAACUUCAAGGAGAGAUUUUUGAUAGACCACUUGAAUGUAUGGUGUUGAAGUGUACUAAUCAAUCUAUAGACCAUUUACCUAUUAGAUACGCUAUGUACCGUAAUAGACUUAUUAUACCAUUUGCUGUGCUCACAUUAAAUAUGGAACUAGAAGAAAACAAAGAUCUAGAUGCAGUUUUUAAUAAUGAAAUGACUUUGAAUAAUUACACAAUUAAUAAUGAAAAAUUUAAUUACAGCAAUACUUCAAACAUUUGUAUUUAUAACCAUUGCAAAAACAAUUCAUUACCUCAUUUAUCUCUGCUUCCUUUAGUUGAAGAAUGUUUAACCAAUAAUAGUUUAGUGUGGAGAGACACAAUUAAUGAGAUAAAUAAUAAUUUGGAAGAUAGUUUAAGAGAAAUUUCACCCAUUUCAAAAAUUGAUCAGACUAAGUGGAAGACAUUUAAAGACAAAAUAAAUUAUAGAGUUAAUCAAAGUUUAGUAGCCCAUAAAACAUUGGUUGGCCCUGAACUAUCUCACAUAGAUCUACCACAACCUCUUAUGGCAUUUCCAUCUCUUAGUGAAGUUGAUAAACUUUUAAAUGAUAAAACAAUAGUUGAACAACACAACUCGACCAAGGGGCCUCCAUUCAAUACGGCAAAUAUUUGUCCUAUUCCCUCUUUGUCUAUAAUAACAGAAUCUGGAUUACCUAAAUUGCUUCCGCCUGAAAAAUCUCCGUUUUUUGAUCAUGUUGAUCGUGUUGAAUUAAACAUUGACCAAGAAAAUGUUGUGUUGAAUCAAAUUGGACCCAAUAAUUUGCAGGAUAUUCAAAAUAUUAUUGAGCAAGUUGAAGAAUCUCAUCGAAUAUCUAUUGAUAUUAAGGAAAUAAUAUCCAAUAUUUUAAAACAGUCACCCAAAAAUAUUUCACAUUUGAUGUUUACUGAUAUUUGUCCUAUUCACGUAACUAAUAGAAGAUAUGCUAUUACAGUUUUUGUAGAGCUACUUGGACUGCAUAAAAAUGGAAUCCUCAAAUUAAGUCAAUCUUGUAACUCAACAAAUCCUUCAUCUAUUUCAAUUAAAAUAAUUAAUAACAAUUUUUUUGAAUGCCCUUUUUAACUUUAUUUUUAUGAUGUUUUAUAUUAAUAUUUGUACAAUGAUUUGCCUGUACUGUUAAUGUUAUAUAAUACUAUUUAAUGAUUAUUUUUUAUGAAAAUCAAGAUAGCUAUUUUAUAUAUGUUAAAAUGUAAACUAUUAGUCCUAGUAUUUAUUGUGAUCUCUUAUCUAUAUUUGACUGUUCUUAUUAUUACUAUUUGUACAUUUUUUGUUUGUUUUUAAAUACACUUUUC